AAAGGGUUACGCGGGACUGUGCUGGGAGACGAGUAUGGUGGGGUGGAGACAAUAAGGCAGGGCUGUGGUUGUGAUUCAAACACUGCCGAUGCGUACCAGUGAGACAGGACACUGCAGAGUUCUUCUUUUCUUUUCCUUCCUUUUCUUAUUCGGUUUAUCUCCUACUUAUCUGCGUCUAUCAUCCACAGCUUAUGAUCGACGGUGUUGGAGGAAUAUAGUGAUGACACAAGCCAUAUCACCGGGAUUGAAUAGCAUUUGCAUAUCCUUAGCACAUUGGCUCCUAGCCUCUAUCUCAAAUAAUCAUAGUGUUUGGUCUUCUCUAUCGCUUUUCCCUUCUAUACCUGCGCAGAGCCAAAGUCUCCGUGACAACAAAUCACGUGAAGAAUCCGCAUGCGUCCCAGAAGAGGACGGACAAAGAAACUCCAGUACUACAGUACUCACUUUCAAACUCCCAAAGGACGACGAAAUCCUCAAGCCACGUACACGAUAAAACCCAACGCAUACCAGGCCAACUCCUCGAGAGAUGCACGUUGAAUGCAAGGAAGGCGGCAACAAUCGUGAACGAUGAACACCUUGGAAAGACACAGCCUGCAUUACCUACUUACCUAUUUACACCCCUGUGCAGUUGAGCAUCGACCCCAAUCUUGAAGACCCCACGCAUACCCGACGUAUUUCGCACUGAUAUCUGUGAAGA